AUGUCGCGGUACUCUUUGAGGCAGACUCCCAGGAAGUCGGAGCUCUUCGACGGCAUGGUCGAGACUCCCGGCCGUCGCUCGACGCGCCGCAAGUCACAGUUCCCCCUGGACGGCUCCGACGCGGACGGCGAUUCGAGCUCUGCAGCCGAGACAGUACCCAAGCCGGCCCGUUCCGUGAGAAAACGCGUCCCUAAGUUCGUCGAGCACAUCGAUGAGACGUCAGAAGCCGAAACCCCCAACGAGGAGGCCUCGGCCCCCCUGGCGAAGCGCAAGCCUGUCGCGAAUGGGAACCAUGCCGAACACAAAGCCAACAGCGCAACCAAUGGAGUGGCCAAUGGUUCCGCCAAUGGUUCCGCCAAUGGAUCUACAAAGGGGAAGCAAGCGGUGGUAGUCGACGGCUGGGAGCCAGGAAUGGACCCCAAGGUCGACUACUCUGGCAAGUUCGAGUUUGGCGGCUCGCUUGGGGUCUCUGCCCUCAUGAUCGGCUUCCCUGUGCUCAUGUGGUAUAUGUGGAUAGGAGCCACGUACUACGACGGCAAGCCGCCCAUGCCCGCGGCCGGCGAGAGCUGGUCAGACUUUGGCAAACACCUUGUCAACCUGGUGUACACCGGCGCGUACCCUUCCCUCAAGGCCUGGGCCAUGUACUGGGUCUUUUUCGUCUUUGAGGGCGCGCUGUACUGUCUCCUGCCCGGUAUUUGGGCCUAUGGAAAGCCGCUGCCCCACGAGGGCGGCAAGCAGCUCAAGUACUACUGCUCCGCCGUCCCCGCCUUCUACACCACCAUCGUCGUGGCCGCCGCCCUGCACUUCUCGGGCCUGAUGCCGCUCUACACCAUCAUCGACGAGUUUGGCCCUCUACUGUCCGUCGCCAUCCUCUCCGGCUACCUGGUCGCCAUCGUCGCCUACGUCUCAGCCUACGCCCGCGGCGCCACCCACCGCAUGACGGGCUACCCGCUCUACGACUUCUUCAUGGGCGCCGAGCUGAACCCGCGCCUGUUCGGCAUCCUCGACUUCAAGAUGUUCUUCGAGGUCCGCCUGCCCUGGUACAUCCUCUUCCUGCUGACGUGCGGCGCGGCAGCGCGGCAGUACGACCAGUACGGCUACGUCUCGGGCGAGGCGGCUUUCCUGCUCAUGGCCCACUGGCUCUACGCCAACGCCUGCUCCAAGGGCGAGGAGCUCAUCGUCACGACCUGGGACAUGUACUACGAGAAGUGGGGUUUCAUGCUCAUCUUCUGGAACAUGGCCGGCGUGCCCCUGAGCUACUGCCACUGCACCAUCUUCCUCGCCAACCACGACCCGGCCGAGUACCGCAUGAGCCGGCCCCUCCUCGCCCUUCUCUUCGCCGCCUACAUAUUCGUCUACUGGGUAUGGGACUCGGCCAACAGCCAGAAGAAUCGGUUCCGCGCCGCCGAGCGCGGCACCAUGGUCAUGCGCAAGACGUUUCCCCAGGUGCCCUGGCAGACGCUCAAGAACCCCAAGACGAUCAAGACGUCGACCGGCGACGACAUCCUCGCCGACGGCUGGUACGGGCUCGCGCGCAAGACGCACUACACGUGCGACGCCUUCUUCGCCAUCUCGUGGGGGCUCAUCUGCGGCUUCAAGAGCCCCUUCCCCUGGUUCUACCCGGUCUUCUUCUGCUGCAUGAUCGCCCACCGCGCCCUGCGCGACAUUGAGCGCUGCCGCAACAAGUACGGCGAGGCGUGGACGCAGUACGAGAAGCAGGUGCCCUACCUCUUCAUUCCG